GUCGUUUUGAGGCUGGGCCAUAGAGAUGACCAGGCUGUGACGGGUGGGUUCUGUGUGUGUCUGUGUUGGACCAACCCUGGCAUGGCUACUGCUAGGAAGAGUAAGUACCUUUUUCUAUUGUAUUGUUGUAGAGGCUCUUGUCCCUUUUCCCCUGUUAUGUGGUUUUCAACGCAAGAAUGGGUAUUUCUAAAAUGUCUUCCAAUUCAAAACACAGUACAGCUCUCAUAUGUCUCAAUGUGUUCAAGGUAUGAAAUGUAUAGUUAUUUUCAAAUGCAAUAUCUUUUUGGGCUUAGUUGUGGCCAAUUUUGCAGUUUACAAAUUCUUAAAUUAUGUUCUGGCCCCCCGACCAUCCGCUCCGACCAAAAAUUGGCUCGCGGCUGAAUCUAGUUGCCUACUCCUGCCAUAGUGUUAGCUUAGGAACGUCUUUAGGUGGAUAAAAACGGAUAUGGUUACAGAGCAUUAUGGGUACUGUAGUACAUCAUGCUUUAUUACCUGAGCUUGUUCUUCCUCCACAUGGACCCUGUCCAGAAACAACCCCUAUAGCAGGGUUCCCCAACUGUUCGCCCGCUGUCCGAAUUUUGCCCGCGGGUGGUUUUUACAUUUUAUUUUUAUUGUUGGACAUAAAAGACUGUAAAAACACCCGGAAAUCAGGUCCAAGUGAUUUAAAUUUUGGGAAUCUGUUCCCAUGUAUUCUCACGCAUAAUAGAGACACGUGAUUGUAUACAAAUGUAAGCAAGAUUUGAAAUGAUUAUGUUUUAGUCAACUAUUAUAUCUGUUUGGGUUUCUUGUGAUCAAUUUGCAGUCUACAAAUUAUUUGUAAUUAUGUUCCGGCCCCCUGACCAUCCGCUCAAGAAAAAAUCGUCCCACGGCUGAAUCUAGUUGAUUAUCCCUGUCCUAUAGCCUCCCAAGGGUUGGCAGACAUUGUUGAUGUUUGGAUCAGGUUUCCAUCAGUCUUCAUAGAACUCUCCAGCCACUCCCUUCAACUGUCUCCAAGCCAGGGGCAGCAGGCAGCGUAGCGGUUAGAGCAUUGGGCCAGUAACCGAAAACCCCCAAAUCAUGCUUCCUCUUUUCCUCUCUCCCCCUCCCCACUAUGUUAUAACAUCACUACAGUAUACAAAUGCUUACUUAGUAAGUGUGUGUAAUUUAAAGAAGAGAUGGGCGAGAAGGGUACAGGAAACCCCAUAGCAACAAGAGAAUAAGACCUGGCAAUCCAACCCCGACAUGGCAAUGUUUAUGUAUGCAAUGUCUUUGUUUACAAUGCACACAUAUUACAUCAAACAGGGAGCCCACCUGAAUCAGACUUUCCUCUGAUCAAACAGCACACUGUCCUCAGGAAAUCGUUCAACUAAAUCAGAUUUAAUGCGAUUAAUUUUUCAAUGCUUGAACCUGUAAUAGAUUUGUCUUUUUUUUCGGAGGCUUUGUUUCAGCGAGACGGGAGGUAUUGGCACGAAUAUGGUAGAGGCGCUCUCCAUCUUUCUCCCCCUCCCCUCUCUUUCCCUCUCUUGCUCUCCCCCUCCCCACUAUGUUAUAACAUCACUACAGUAUACAAAUGCUUACUUAGUAAGUGUGUGUAAUUUAAAGAAGAGAUGGGCGAGAAGGGUACAGGAAACCCCAUAGCAACAAGAUAAUAAGACCUGGCAAUCCAACCCCGACAUGGCAAUGUUUACAGUGGGGAAAAAAAGUAUUUAGUCAGCCACCAAUUGUGCAAGUUCUCCAACAUAAAAAGAUGAGAGAGGCCUGUAAUUUUCAUCAUAGGUACACGUCAACUAUGACAGACAAAAUGAGAAAAAAAAUCCAGAAAAUCACAUUGUAGGAUUUUUAAUGAAUUUAUUUGCAAAUGAUGGUGGAAAAUAAGUAUUUGGUCACCUACAAACAAGCAAGAUUUCUGGCUCUCACAGACCUGUAACUUCUUCUUUAAGAGGCUCCUCUGUCCUCCACUCGUUACCUGUAUUAAUGGCACCUGUUUGAACUUGUUAUCAGUAUAAAAGACACCUGUCCACAACCUCAAACAGUCACACUCCAAACUCCACUAUGGCCAAGACCAAAGAGAGCUGUCAAAGGACACCAGAAACAAAAUUGUAGACCUGCACCAGGCUGGGAAGACUGAAUCUGCAAUAGGUAAGCAGCUUGGUUUGAAGAAAUCAACUGUGGGAGCAAUUAUUAGGAAAUGGAAGACAUACAAGACCACUGAUAAUCUCCCUCGAUCUGGGGCUCCACGCAAGAUCUCACCCCGUGGGGUCAAAAUGAUCACAAGAAUGGUGAGCAAAAAUCCCAGAACCACACGGGGGGACCUAGUGAAUGACCUGCAGAGAGCUGGGACCAAAGUAACAAAGCCUACCAUCAGUAACACACUACGCCGCCAGGGACUCAAAUCCUGCAGUGCAAGACAUGUCUCCCUGCUUAAGCCAGUACAUGUCCAGGCCCGUCUGAAGUUUGCUAGAGUGCAUUUGGAUGAUCCAGAAGAGGAUUGGGAGAAUGUCAUAUGGUCAGAUGAAACCAAAAUAGAACUUUUUGGUAAAACUCAACUCGUCGUGUUUGGAGGACAAAGAAUGCUGAGUUGCAUCCAAAGAACACCAUACCUACUGUGAAGCAUGGGGGUGGAAACAUCAUGCUUUGGGGCUGUUUUUCUGCAAAGGGACCAGGACGACUGAUCCGUGUAAAGGAAAGAAUGAAUGGGGCCAUGUAUCGUGAGAUUUUGAGUGAAAACCUCCUUCCAUCAGCAAGGGCAUUGAAGAUGAAACGUGGCUGGGUCUUUCAGCAUGACAAUGAUCCCAAACACACCGCCCGGGCAACGAAGGAGUGGCUUCGUAAGAAGCAUUUCAAGGUCCUGGAGUGGCCUAGCCAGUCUCCAGAUCUCAACCCCAUAGAAAAUCUUUGGAGGGAGUUGAUAGUCCGUGUUGCCCAGCGACAGCCCCAAAACAUCACUGCUCUAGAGGAGAUCUGCAUGGAGGAAUGGGCCAAAAUUCCAGCAACAGUGUGUGAAAACCUUGUGAAGACUUACAGAAAACGUUUGACCUGUGUCAUUGCCAACAAAGGGUAUAUAACAAAGUAUUGAGAAACCUUUGUUAUUGACCAAAUACUUAUUUUCCACCAUAAUUUGCAAAUAAAUUCAUUAAAAAUCCUACAAUGUGAUUUUCUGGAUUUCUUUUCCUCAUUUUGUCUGUCAUAGUUGACGUGUACCUAUGAUGAAAAUUACAGGCCUCUCAUCUUUUUAAGUGGGAGAACUUGCACAAUUGGUGGCUGACUAAAUACUUUCCCCCCCCCACUGUAUGUAUGCAAUGUCUUUGUUUACAAUGCACACAUACUACAUCUUAUUCUCAGAACUAGAAGCAUCAAUUUAUAGUCUUUGGAAGAAUGUAUUUUUAGGGGAUUCUAGGCAAAACAUGUGCAGAAACACAAUGUGGACUUGAUUGAAUUGAGUCUGAAUUGUGUGUGUGUGUGUCUCAGUGUGAACGAAUAUGUUGCACAUGAAGGAUAAGCAGGAAGUGUUCAGGGAGCCUCAUAGAAACACAGCCAGAGAACAGCACCUGGGAGACAGACUAAAAGUGUGACUCAACGCGUUUUUUCACUGUCAUUAAUACAUCCCCAGUGGCGAUUGGAGGCUUUUGUUUCUGCACACAAAGUGCUCCCCUCUCCCUGGGUCUUUGUUCUCACGUUGAUUAGGCUACUGAAUGAGAGUGGCGAUUUACUUCCUAUUUGUUUUCACUUCAAUGUAUUUUUCAUGUGUCUGGGAUGUAGCCAGUUUCACAGGGGAGUGAGAGAGAGAGGGAGAGCGAGAGAGAGAGAGUGUGUGUGUGAGAGAGAGUUUUUAAUUUGGUCCUUGGGGGGAGAAAGAAAGAGCAAGGGGUGGAAGAGGGAACUGAACAUGGAGAUACAAGCCUAAUGGAGUAUGUUACCAUGGUUAUCAGAGAAAGGUAGUGAUAGAUCUUUGUUUAAAGUCUUGUGCAGCGCCGAGCACUGACUUGCCUGCCUCUCCUUUCCAGAGAGAACCAGACAGCCGGGGGUGGGGGGGAGAACAAUGGACAUGCAGAGAAAGAGACAUAGACAUGUGACAAAGAUGGAGGGGAUAGAGUGAAAGGACAGGUUAGAGAGCGAGGUAGACCCAUGCAGUAAUCUAAUAUACAACAGAGGCUAGGAGAGAAACGAUGAUCCAGACCCAGACCGACAGAUGUAGAGUGAGAGAGAAAGGGGAAAAAGAGAGCGAGAUUAUGACAACCAGACAGAGAAGCCAGCUCCUGUACUGUAGACUGCACUGUAGUAUAUGUAACAGGCCUGGGAUGUUCAGCAGCUAAGAGACCUGGGUUCAAAUAGUGUAUAUAUAUGUUGUUGGUUUUUUUCAAACACUUCAGCCGCACUUGACUGAGUUUGCCUGGCACUAUAGAAUCAAUGGAAAAGUGCAAACCCUGCCCGGGCUACCCACCUGACUCUCCAAAAUAGGCUCAAUCAAAUGCUUCCAAGUAUUUGAAAGAAAACCAAUACUAUCUGAACCCAGGCCUGGUAGCUAGCCAGCACAGUGUCCAGUGCAGUUCACUGUCUGGGCUAGUGUCCAGAGAAUGUGGAUUAACGUACGGUCUUGUUUGAAAGGCUGUGGAUCUCUCUCAGCAUUGUCUGAAUCCACAAAUCCUCUCAACUAGUGUAGCAUAGUAGAUAGUCUUCAGACUGGAGUGGACAGAGAGCUACUCCGACUCCCCUCAUACAUCAGCAUCACUCACACUCAGGACUCUAAAGUGUGACCAAAUUGAUCGCAUAUGCAACGAAAAUAUUUUGCUGUGCGACUAGGAUUUUUAUUUUGGGAGCGCUGUGCGACUAUAAAAAAAAAUCUCCCAGAUUAUAAUUGUUGUAACGAUAAGGCUUCACUGUAAAUCAAAUCAAAUGUUAUUUGUCACAUACGUGUUUAGCAGAUGUUAUAGCGGGUGUAGCGAAAUGCUUGUGAUUCUAGCUCCGACAGUGCAGUAAUAUCUAACAAUUUCACAACAUAUACCCAAUACACACAAAACUAGUAAGGAAUGGGAUUUAAGAAUAUAUACAUAUAUGGACAAGCAAUGACAGAGCGGCAUGGACUAAGAUACAGUAGAAUAUUAUAGAAUAGAAUGCAGUAUAUACAUAUGAGAUGAGUAGUGCAAGAUAUGUAAACAUAUCGGUUGUACUGUUGUUUCCGAGGGCCCUAGAGAAACUAGCGAGUACAGAUUCGUUAGCAUCAUAGUUGCACCAUUACAGCAAAAACGGCUUGCUUCUAGACUAACCAGGCCAAAAGAUCUGACCCAUAUUACCGGCAAAGUGGACCCAUUUUUAUCUUCCUAUAGUGCAGUGGUAUUCAAAGUCGGGGUCACGACCCCACUUGGGUCGGCAAAAUUUACAAAAUGUUUUUUAUAUACAGUGCAUUCGGAAAGUAUUCAGACCCCUUUAAUUUUUCCACAUUUUGCUACGUUACAGCCUUAUUUUAAACCGGAUAAAAUUAUUUUUUUCUCAUCAAUCUACACACAAUACCCCAUAAUGACAAGACAAAACAAAACAAAAACAGGUGUGCCUUUUACUGAGGAGUGGCUUCCAUCUGGCCACUCUACCAUAAAGGCCUGAUUGGUGGAGUGCUGCAGAGAUUGUUGUCCUUCUGGAAGGUUCUCCCAUUGCUACAGAGGCACUCUGGAGCUCUGUCAGAGUGACCAUCAGGUUCUUGGUCACCUCCCUGACCAAGGCCCUUCUCCCCUAAUUGCUCAGUUUGGCUGGGCGGCCAGCUCUAGGAAGAGUCUUGGUGGUUCCAAACUUAUUCCAUUUAAGAAUGAUGGAGGCUACUCUGUUCUUGGGGACCUUCAAUGCUGCAGAUUUUUUUUUAAUACCCUUCAUCAGAUCUGUGCCUCGACACAAUCCUGUCUCGGCGCUCUACGGACAAUUCCUUCAACCUCAUGACUUGGUUUUUUCUCUGACAUGCACUGUCAACUGUGGGACCUUAUAUAGACAGGUGUGUGCCUUUCCAAAUCAUGUCCAAUCAAUUGAAUUUCCCACAGGUGGACUCCAAACAAGUUGUAGAAACAUCUCAAGGAUGAUCAAUGGAAACAGGAUGCACCUGAGCUCAAUUUUGAGUCUCAUAGCAAAGGGUCUGAAUGCUUAUGUAAAUAAGGUAUUUGUUUUUAUUUUUAAUACAUUCGCAAAAAAGUCUAAACCUGUUUUUGCUUUGUCAUUAUGUAGAUUGAUGAGGAAAUUGUAACGUAGCAAAAUGUGGAAAAAGUCAAGGGGUCUGAAUACUUUCUGAAGGCAUUGUGUGUGUGUGUGUAUAUGUAUGUGUGUGUGUAGGUAUGUAUGUAUGUAUGUGUAUAUAUAUAUAUAUAUAUAACACUCACUACCGGUCAAAAGUUUUCGAACACCUACUCAUUCAAUGGUUUUUCUUAAUAUUUUCUACAUUGUAGAAUAAUAGUGAAGACAUCAAAACUAUGAAAUAACACAUGGAAUCAUGUAGUAACCAAAAAAGUGUUAAUCAAAUCAAAAUAUAUUUUCUAUUUGAGAUUUUUCAAAUAGCCACCCUUUGCUUUGAUGACAGCUUUGCACACUCUUGGCAUUCUCUCAACCAGCUUCUUGAGGUAGGCACCUGGAAUGAAUUUCAAUUAACAGGUGUGCCUUCUUAAAAGUUAAUUUGUGGAAUUUCUUUCCUUAAUGCGUUUGAGCCAAUCAGUUGUGUUGUGACAAGGUAGGGGGGUAUACAGAUGGCCCUAUUUGGUGAAAGACCAAGUCCAUAUUAUGGCAAGAACAGCUCAAAUAAGCAAAGAGAAUUGACAGUCCAUCAUCACUUUAAGACAUGAAGGUCAGUCAAUACGGGAAAUUUGAAGAACUUUGAAAGUUUCUUUAAGUGCAGUCGCAAAAACCAUCAAGCGCUAAGAUGAAACUGGCGCUCUUGAGGACCGCCACAGGAAUGGAAGACCCAGAGGUACCUCUGCUGCAGAGGAUAAGUUUCAAUAGCAUUACCAGCCUCCGAAAUUGCAGCCCAAAUGAAUGCUUCAUAGAGUUCAAGUAACAGACACAUCUCAACAUCAACUGUUCAGAGGAGACUGUGUGAAUCAGGCCUUCAUGGUCGAAUUGCUGCAAAGAAACCACUACUAAAGGACACCAAUAAGAAGAAGAGAGUUGCUUGGGCCAAGAAACACGAGCAAUGGACAUUAGACCGGGUGGAAUCCGGGUGGAGUCUGGAGUCCAAAUUUUGAGAUUUUUGGUUCCAACCGCCGUGUCUUUGUGAGACGCGGUGUGGGUGAACGGAUGAUCUCCGCAUGUGUAUUUCCCACCGUAAAGCAUUGAGGAGGAGAUGUUAUGGUGUGUGGGUGCUUUGCUGGUGACACUGUCUGUGAUUUAUUUAGAAUUCAAGGCACACUUAACCAGCAUGGCUACCACAGCAUUCUGCAGUGAUACGCCAUCCCAUCUGGUUUGGGCUUAUGGGACUGUCAUUUGUUUUUCAACAGGACAAUGACCCAACACACCUCCAGGCUGUGUAAGGGCUAUUUUACCAAGAAGGAGAGUGAUUGAGUGCUGCAUCAGAUGACCUGGCCUCCACAAUCCCCCGACCUCAACCAAAUUGAGAUGGUUUGAGAUGUGUCGGAAAGCAGAGUGAAGGAAAAGCAGCCAACAAGUGCUCAGCAUAUGUGGGAACUCCUUCAAGAUUGUUGGAAAAGCAUUCCAGGUGAAGCUGGUUGAGGGAAUGCCAAGAGUGUGCAAAGCUGUCAUCAAGGCAAAGGGUUGCUAUUUGAAGAAUCUCAAAUAUAAAAUAUAUUUUGAUUUGUUUAACACAUUUGUGGUUACUACAUGAUUCCAUAUGUGUUAUUUCAUAGUUUUUAUGUCUUCACUAUUAUUCUACAAUGUAGAAAAUAGUAAAAAUUAAGUAAAACCCUGGAAUGAGUAGGUGUGUCCAAACCUUUGACUGCUACUAUAUAUAUAUAUAUAUUAUACUGUAUAUUUUUUGUCUGAGGUAAGCUCAGAAUAUUGCCUGGCUAGCCAUCCACAUCGCUCAGGCCAACCGACGUUUCUUCUCUACGAUGAGUCUGGAUUUGCCUCCCUCACUGACGAUUUUUAGAAUGCGAACACAAUCUGACUGUUCUGAUUGGUCCCAGAAACUGAUGGGUUAGGCCAGAGCCAGCCUACAUGAUGACGUUAUCAACUUUGAUACUCUGUUUGGUUAGAUUUGUUAGAGACGAUCCAAUCGCUGAUUAAUUUGUUCAUAAUGCCCCCUCAUUUUGAAGUAACACAAACGACUUCUAAGAUGGCAGUUUGACUGAAUGUAUUAAGCGAUCGAUAGAUCAGGGGAAUACAAUUCAGGGUGAGUGGUCAGGCAAGAGAGAGUAGACAGAUUCUAUUCUAUACAGUGAGGGAAAAAAGUAUUUGAUCCCCUGCUGAUUUUGUACGUUUGCCCACUGACAAUGAAAUGAUCAGUCUAUAAUUUUAAUGGUAGGUUUAUUUGAACAGUGAGAGACAGAAUAACAACAACAAAAUCCAGAAAAACGCAUUUAAUAAAUGUUAUACAUUUAUUUGCAUUUUAAUGAGGGAAAUAAGUAUUUGACCCCCUCUCAAUCAGAAAGAUUUCUGUCUCCCAGGUGUCUUUUAUACAGGUAACGAGCUGAGAUUAGGAGCACACUCUUAAAGGGAGUGCUCCUAAUCUCAGCUUGUUACCUGUAUAAAAGACACCUGUCCACAGAAGCAAUCAAUAAAUCAGAUUCCAAACUCUCCACCAUGGCCAAGACCAAAGAGCUCUCCAAGGAUGUCAGGGACAAGAUUGUAGACCUACACAAGGCUGGAAUGGGCUACAAGACCAUCGCCAAGCAGCUUGGUGAGAAGGUGACAACAGUUGGUGCGAUUAUUCGCAAAUGGAAGAAACACAAAAUAACUGUCAAUCUCCCAGUUCUCCUUGGCCUGGGGCUCCAUGCAAGAUCUCACCUUGUGGAGUUGCAAUGAUCAUGAGAACGGUGCGGAAUCAGCCCAGAACUACACGGGAGGAUCUUGUCAAUGAUCUCAAGGCAGCUGGGACCAUAGUCACCAAGAAAACAAUUGGUAACACACUAUGCCGUGAAGGACUGAAAUCCUGCCGCGCCCGAUUCAGAGGAGAACUGGGUGAAAGUGUUGUGGGCAGAUGAUACCAAAAUGGAGCUCUCAACUCGCCGUGUUUGGAGGAGGAGGAAUGCUGCCUAUGACCCCAAGAACACCAUCCCCACCGUCAAACAUGGAGGUGGAAACAUUAUGCUUUGGGGGUGUUUUUCUGCUAAGGGGACAGGACAACUUCACCGCAUCAAAGGGGCAAUGGACGGGGCCAUGUACCGUCAAAUCUUGGGUGAGAACCUCCUUCCCUCAGCCAGGGCAUUGAAAAUGGGUCAUGGAUGGGUAUUCCAGCAUGACAAUGACCCAAAACACACGGCCAAGGCAACAAAGGAGUGGCUCAAGAAGAAGCACAUUAAGGUCCUGGAGUGGCCUAGCCAGUCCAGACCUUAAUCCCAUAGAAAAUCUGUGGAGGGAGCUGAACGUUCAAGUUGCCAAACGUCAACCUCGAAACCUUAAUGACUUGGAGAAGAUCUGCAAAGAGGAGUGGAACAAAAUCCCUUCUGAGAUGUGUGCAAACCUGGUGGCCAACUACAAGAAACGUCUGACGUCUGUGAUUGCCAACAAGGGUUUUGCCACCAAGUACUAAGUAAUGUUUUGCAGAGGGAUCAAAUACUUAUUUCCCUCAUUUAAAAUGCAAAUCAAUUAAUAACAUUUUUGACAUGCGUUUUUCUGGAUUUUUGUUGUUGUUAUUCUGUCUCUCACUGUUCAAAUAAACCUACCAUUUUAAAUUAUAGACUGAUCAUGUCUUUGUCAGUGGGCAAAUGUACAAAAUCAGCAGGGGAUCAAAUACUUUUUUCCCUCACUGUAUGUAAUUCUAUGAUGUCAUCAUAGUUAUCAUUCCUAUAGAAUCUCUUUCAAUAAAAACCUGUAGGGUGACAUGCAGUGCCUUCAGAAAGUAUUCACACCUCUUGACUUUUUCCACAUUUUGUUAUUACAGCCUGAAUGUAAAAUGGGUUCCAUUUUAAGAUUUUUGUGCCUCUGAUCUACACACAAUACCCCAUAAUGUCGAAGUGGAAUUAUGUUUUUAGAAAUGUUUACAAAUGAAUAAAAAAUGCAAAUCUGAAAUGUCUUGAGUCAAUAAGUAUUCAACCCCUUUAUUAUGGCAAGCAGAAAUAACUUCAGGAGUAAAAAUUUGCUUAACAAGUAAUAUAACUGUGUGUGCAAUAAUGCUGUUUAACAUGCUUUUUGAAUGACUACCCCAUACAUACAAUUAUCUGUAAGGUCCCUCAGUCGAGCAGUGAAUUUCAAGCACAGAUUCAACGACAAACACCAGGGAGGUUUUCCAAUGCCUCGCAAAGAAGGGCAUCUAUUGGUAGAUGAGUAAAAAAAGAAAACAGACAUUGAAUAUCACUUUGCGCAUGGUGAAGUUAUUUAAUUGCACUUUGGAUGGUGUAUCAAUACACCCAGUCACUACAGAGAUACAGGCGUUCUUCCUAACUCACCAUGAGGCCAAUGGAUAUUUUAAACCAGUUCGAGUUAAAUGGCUGUGAUAGGAGAAAACUGAGGAUGGAUCAACAACAUUGUAGUUAGUCCACAAUACUAACCUAAAUGUCAGAGUGAAAAGAAGGAAGCCUGUACAGAAUACAAAUAUUCCAAAACAUGCAUCCUGUUUGCAAUAAGGAAUUAAUGUAAUACUGCAAAAGAAUGUGGCCAAGAAAUUCACUUUUUGUCCUGAAUACAAAGCAUGUUUGGUGUGGGCAAAUACAACACAACACUUUACCGAGUACCACUCGGCAAGGACUGGGGAGUUUUAUUGUAGGAUUUAACAUUUAAAAGGAAUAGAGCUAAGCACAGGCAAAGUCUUAGAGGAAACCUGGUUCGGUCUGCUUUCCAACAGACACUAGGAGACAAAUCCACCUUUCAGCAGGACAAUAACCUAAAAUGCAAGGCCAAAUAUACACUGGAGUUACUUACCAAGACGACAUUGAAUGUUCCCGAGUGGCCUAGUUAAAUCUAAGGCAAGACUUGAAAAUGGCUGUCUAGCAAUGAUCAGCAACCAACUUGACAGAGCUUGAAGAAUUUUUAAAAGAAUAAUUGGCAAAUAAUGUACACUCCAGGUUUGCGAAGCUCUUAUAGACUUACCCAGAAAGACUCACAGCUGUAAUCGCUGCCAAAGUUGAUUCUAACAUGUAUUGAGGGGUUUGAAUACUUAUCUAAUCAAGAUCUAUUAGUGUUUUAAUUUCCAUAAAAAAAGUUAGAAUUCUUCUUCCACUUUGACAUGAGAGUAUUUUGUGUAAAUCAUUGACAAAAAAAUUGCAAUUAAAUCCAUUUUAAUCCCACUUUGUAACAUAACAAAAUGUGGGGGGAAAAAUCAAGGGGUGUGAAUACUUUCUGAAUGCACUGUAUGAAACCAUGCAACUGUAAAGUUGAUUAGGUUCAAGGGUUAUAUUUCCACCUCAUACAUUUUUAUCUUCUUUUAAUAUCCUUUUAUAUCAUUUUAAUCUGAACAGCCAUCCACUGCCUGAUGAAAUUCUGACUCACAAUGUAAUUAUGACUCCUAAACUCUUAUCUUCUUGACCCAGAUAGGAUUAACUCAAGCAAGGCAAUGGAAAUAAAUGCUGUAGAUACGCAUCACUCUUUUAAUGGGAAAUAAAGUAUGAAAAUAAAAAAGUAUAUGAAUAUGAUGAUACUGUGACAAUGUAUGCCAGAGGGACAGUCAAGUUACAGCAUUUCAAAAGAUCAGUGAUCUAAUGUGUUACACAAGGCAUUCAAACAAACACAGUCUGAUUCCCAAAUUUACAUUUACAUUUUCGUCAUUUAGCAGACGCUCUUAUCCUGAGCGACUUACAAAUUGGUGCAUUCACCUUAUGAUAGCCAGUGGGACAACCACUUUACAAUUAUUAUUUAUUUUUAUUUUUUGGGGGUGGGGUAAGGGGGGGUAGAAGGAUUACUUUAUCCUAUCUCAGGUAUUCCUUAAAGAGGUGGGGUUUCAAGUGUCUCCGGAAGGUGGUGAGCGACUCCGCUGUUCUGGCGUCGUGAGGGAGCUUGUUCCACCAUUGGGGUGCCAGAGCAGCGAACAGUUUUGACUGGGCUGAGCGGGAACUGUGCUUCCACAGAGGUAGGGGGGCCAGCAGGCCAGAGGUGGAUGAACGCAAUGCCCUCGUUUGGGUGUAGGGACUGAUCAGAGCCUGAAGGUACGGAGGUGCCGUUCCCCUCACAGCUCCGUAGGCAAGUACCAUGGUCUUGUAGCAGAUGCGAGCUUCAACUGGAAGCCAGUGGAGUGUGCGGAGGAGCGGGGUGACGUAAGAGAACUUGGGAAGGUUGAACACCAGACGGGCUGCGGCGUUCUGGAUGAGUUGUAGGGGUUUAAUGGCACAGGCAGGGAGCCCAGCCAACAGCGAGUUGCAGUAAUCCAGACGGGAGAUGACAAGUGCCUGGAUUAGGACCUGUGCCGCUUCCUGUGUAAGGCAGGGUCGUACUCUGCGAAUGUUGUAGAGCAUGAACCUACAGGAUCGGGUCACCGCCUUGAUGUUAGCGGAGAACGACAGGGUGUUGUCCAGGGUCACGCCAAGGCUCUUUGCACUCUGGGAGGAGGACACAACGAAGUUGUCAACCGUGAUGGCGAGAUCAUGGAACGGGCAGUCCUUCCCCGGGAGGAAGAGCAGCUCCCUCUUGCCGAGGUUCAGCUUGAGGUGGUGAUCCGUCAUCCACACUGAUAUCUCUGCCAGACAUGCAGAGAUGCGAUUCGCCACCUGGUUAUCAGAAGGGGGAAAGGAGAAGAUUAGUUGUGUGUCGUCUGCGUAGCAAUGAUAGGAGAGGCCAUGUGAGGAUAUGACAGAGCCAAGUGACUUGGUGUAUAGCGAGAAUAGGAGCGGGCCUAGAACUGAGCCCUGGGGGACACCAGUGGUGAGAGCACGUGGUGCGGAGACAGAUUCUCGCCACGCCACCUGGUAGGAGCGACCUGUCAGGUAGGACGCAAUCCAAGAGUGAGCCGCGCCGGAGAUGCCCAACUCGGAGAGGGUGGAGAGGAGGAUCUGAUGGUUCACAGUAUCAAAGGCAGCAGAUAGGUCUAGAAGGACGAGUGCAGAGGAGAGAGAGUUAGCUUUAGCAGUGCGGAGAGCCUCCAUGACACAAAGAACAGUCUCAGUUGAAUGACCAGUCUUGAAAUCUGACUGGUUUGGAUCAAGAAGGUAAUUCUGAGAGAGAUAGCAAGAGAGUUGGCUAAAGACGGCACGCUCAAGAGUUUUGGAGAGAAAAGAAAGAAGGGAUACUGGUCUGUAGUUAUUGACAUCGGAGGGCACGAGUGUAGGUUUUUUGAGAAGGGGUGCAACUCUCGCUCUCUUGAAGACGGAAGGGACAUAGCCAGCGGUCAAGGAUGAGCGAGGUGAGGUAAGGGAGAAAGUCUCCGGGAAUGGUCUGGAGAAGAGAGGAGGGGAUAGGGUCAACCGGGCAGGUUGUUGGGCGGCCGGCCGUCACAAGUCGCAAGAUUUCAUCUGGAGAGAGAGGGGAGAAAGAAGUCAAACCAUAGGGUAGGGCAGUGUGAGCAGGACCAGCGAUGUCAUUUGACUUAACAAACGAGGAUCGGAUGUCGUCAACCUUCUUUUCAAAAUGGCACCCUAUUCCCUAUAUAGUGCACUAGUUUUGACCAGAGACAUGAGAGACAGUGGUAGAGAUCUAUUAUUCUAUAAUACCAUUUAGUCUGUUCCCUCUAUAAAUGCUGUGACAAGUGGUUUCCUUCAAAUGUCAAUUUAAUGAACGUUUAAUGGAUAAUAAAGUUGUUUAUCUUAUGACUGCAGGGCAUUCUGGGAUAGGCCUAGUCUUUUCUUUAUUAUUCUUUACCCCAUAUCAAAUCCUCAAUCUUCUCCCUGAAAGAUGUGUUUUCCUUCCAUGAUUACAAAUAUAUUUUGUUACUAUUGCUUUUAAGAGUGAUCACAUACAUUUUGAAGAGGCACUCAAAUGACCGAAAAUAAGUGGAUUUACAAUCAAAGUUCAAGAUGCCAUGUUCUCCCUUGGAAAUAAAUAAAUAUGAAAAAAAUGAAAUGUAUAUUUUUUGAAUUUCUUUUAUAGCCACUAACCACUCAUUGCUGAGUGUCACUGGCAUACAGUUGUUCCCAUGGGAAACUGUUGUACCAGAGGCCCUUGCUGUGUGUGUGUGUGUGUGUGUGUGUGUGUGUGUGAGACAAGUCAUUAAGUUAGUUGCUCUCUCCCUCUUCAGGCUCCGCGGCGAAGGUGGGAGGUGUUAGUUUCUCAGAAGAGCCAGCCACCGCUGCCGCCGGCACUCCCUCCCAUGUCCACUUUGAUGAGAAGCUCCACGACUCUGUUGUCAUGGUGAUCCCUGAGCCUGAUGGGAACUUUAUGGUCAAGGUGGGUUUUGGAUUAAAGAAUUUAACGUGUCUGACGUGACAAUGACCAUAAGAGUUGGCAAAACGGCACACCCAUAGAGCUAGGAUUCUCCUAAACUUUCCCCUUCAUCUCCAGUGGUCCCUCUUUUCUUGAAAACAUCAGUACAGACAGUGUUGCCAUUUUGUACUAUGAGGUUAACCUGUAUCGGGUUGCAAAAUUCCAGGAACUUUCAAUAAAUUCCCUGGUUUACUAGAAAUCCUUGUUGGAGGAUUCUGGAUUUCCUUCUUAUUCCCUCCUGAUUCCUGGAAUCCUCCAACCGGGAUUUGGGGAUAACCAGGGAAUUUAGUAAAAGUUCCCUGAAUUUUGCAACCCUAAACCUGUAUGACAACUAAGGGGAGGAGGAGAGUUUCUCUCUCAUCUCUGCUAAUCUCCUGUAUCUGUUCUGAAGGUUCAGUUACAAAUCAAAUCAAAUGUUAUUUGCCACAUGCGCCGAAUACAACAGGUGUAGACCUUACAGUGAUAUGCUUAUUUACAAGCCCUUAACCAACAAUGCAGUUUUAAGAAGAAAAAAAAAAAAAGAAAGUGUUAAGUAGAAAAUAGAAAAGUAAAAAAUAUUAAAGCGCAACGUUAAAAUAACAGUAGGGAGGCACCGGUUAGUCGAGGUAAUAUGUACAUGUGGGUAGAGUUAAAGUGACUAUGCAUUGAUAAUAAACAGAGUCGCAGCAGCGUAAAAGAGGGGGUGGGUUGGGGGGGACAAUGCAAAUAGUCCGGGUAGCCAUGAUUAGCUGUUCAGGAGUCUUACGGCUUGGGGGUAGAAGCUGUUAAGAAGCCUUUUGGACCUAGACUUGGCGCUCCGGUACCGCUUGUCGUGCGGUAGCAGAGAGAACAGUCUAUGACUAGGGUGGCUGGAGUCUUGACAAUUUUUAGGGCCUUACUCUCACACCGCCUGGUAUAGAGGUCCUGGAUGGCAGGAAACUCUUCCCCAGUGAUGUACAUGGCCGUACGCACUACCCUCUGUAGUGCCUUGCGGUCGGAGGCCGAGCAGUUGCCAUGCCAGGUGGUGAUGCAACCAGUCAGGAUGCUCUCGAUGGUGCAGCUGUAUAACUUUUUGAGGAUCUGAGGACCCAUGCCAAAUCUUUUCAGUCUCCUGAGGGGGAAUAGGUUUUGUCGUGCCCUCUUCACGACUGUCUUGGUGUGUUUGGACCAUGAUAGUUUGUUGGUGAUGUGGACACCAAGGAACUUUAAGCUCUCAACCUGUUCCACUACAGCCCGUCGAUGAGAAUGUAUUUUCUUCCUGUAGUCCACAAUCAUCUCCUUUGUCUUGAUCACAUUGAGGGAGAGGUUGUUAUCCUGGCACCACACGGCCAGGUCUCUGACCUCCUCCCUAUAGGCUGUCUCAUCGUUGUCUGUGAUCAGGCCUACCACUGUUGUGUCGCCGGCAAACUUAAUGAUGGUGUUGGAGUCGUGCCUGGCCAUGCAGUCAUGGGUGAACAGGGAGUACAGGAGGGGACUGAGCACGCACCCCUGAGGGGCCCCCGUGUUGAGGAUCAGCGUGGCAGAUGUGUUGUUACCUACCCUUACCACCUGGGGGCGGCCCGUCAGGAAGUCCAGGAUCCAGUUGCAGAGGGAGGUUUUUAGUCCUAGGGUCCUUAGCUUAGUGAUGAGCUUUGAGGGCACUAUGGUGUUGAAUGCUGAGCUGUAGUCAAUGAAUAGCAUUCUCACGUAGGUGUUCCUCUUGUCCAGGUGGGAAAGGGCAGUGUGCAGUGCAAUAGAGAUUGCAUCAUCUGUGGAUCUGUUGGGGCGGUAUGCAAAUUGGAGUGGGUCUAGGGUUUCUGGGAUAAUGGUGUUGAUGUGAGCCAUGACCAGCCUUUCAAAGCACUUCAUGGCUACAGACGUGAGUGCUACAGGUCGGUAGGCAUUUAGGCAGGUUAUCUUAAUGUUCUUGGGCACAGGGACUAUGGUGGUCUGCUUGAAACAUGUUGGUAUUACAGACUCAGUCAGGGGACAUGUUGAAAAUGUCAGUGUAGACACUUGCCAGUUGGUCAGCGCAUGCUCGGAGUACAUGUCCUGGUAAUCCGUCUGGCCCUGUGCCUUGUGAAUGUUGGCCUGCUUAAAAGUCUUACUCACGUCUGCUACGGAGAGCGUAAUCACAUAGUCAUCCGGAACAGCUGAUGCUCUCAUGCAUGCUUCAGUGUUGCUUGCCUCGAAGCGAGCAUAGAAGUGAUUUAGCUCAUCUGGUAGGCUCAUGUCACUGGGCAGCUCGUGGCUGUGCUUCCCUUUUGUAGUCUGUAGUAGUUUGCAAGCCCUGCCACAUCCGACGAGCAUCAGAGCCAGUGUAGUACGAUUCAGUUUUAGUCCUGUAUUGACUCUUUGCUUGUUUAAUGGUUCGUCGGAGGGCAUAGCGGGAUUUCUUAUAAGCGUCCGGGUUAGAGUCCCGCUCCUUGAAAGCGGCAGCUCUAGCCUUUAGCUCAGUGUGGAUGUUGCCUGUAAUCCAUGGCUUCUGGUUGGGGUAUGUACGUACGGUCACUGUGGGGAUGACGUCAUCGAUGCACUUAUUGAUGAAGCCAGUGACUGAUGUGGUGUACUCCUCAAUGCCAUCGGAAGAAUCCCGGAACAUAUUCCAGUCUGUGCUAGCAAAACUUUCCUGUAGCUUAGCAUCUGCGUCAUCUGACCACUUCCUUAUUAACCGAGUCACUGGUGCCAGUCCUCUCCCCUUCUGUGUACCAGGGGAUGGCUGUGGAUCAGAGAACCCCUGUACUCUUUGCAGCAUAGCACUGUAGUCGUGGGCGUGUAGUGUGACUGUGCUGCGGUUCUGACAGCCCUUUGAUUCUGCUGCCCCGGUGUGGGAAGUGAGGUCCACCAUACAGACGACAGCGGUGAAUGUGCCUUGUGUCUGAAGUACUCUGCCACCCCCUUGGAACCACCGAGUAGCUGCUUCUGGCAACAGCGGCUUGUUUAAAUCAGAUGUGGUGGGAUGUAGUCAGUGUGUGGGAUGGUUGGACAUGGACGGUAUGCUGCAUAGCUGUUUAAUCAAAGCACUAGGUUUUUGUGUUUCUUUCACUCUCUUUUCGCCCUCUCUUCUUCACUUGUUGUUAUUGUUUGUUGUUUGACAAGGCCAGAGGGUCAUGUGAGGCUUGUUUGAGGCGUUUGACUGUCUGGAAGGGCUGAGGCUAAUCUAUUGGCUCCUUCCUUUCUCUCUCUCUGUCUCUUUCGCUCUCGUUUUCUUUUUCUUGCGUUCGCUCUUUCUCCCUCUCUAUUUCUCUCUCUCACUUGAUCUCUCUUUGGCUUGUUAUUUCCUCCUUCCUUAUCUCUUCUCUUGCAGCUUUUUCGCUUGCUCCAUUUUCUUUCCCCAUCAUGCCCUUUUUCAUCUUCACUCUCUCUGUCUUCCUCUCUAUUGUUAAAUUGCAUUGUAUGAUUUUUAUGAAAUCACAUGAACCAGAAAGGAUGUUUAUCAGAGAGAAAAGCAAGUUAGUUUCUUUUUGUUGCCAUUUUGUUCAGAUGAAACUGAAGGAUGUGCAUCUUCAAAAACUGGAAGUUUCUUUGCAACGCUAAUUCCUUUUCAUUUUUGGAAUCUCACUCUCUCUUUUAUUGCUAGAAAAUGCUUUUCCUGUGCAUUUGUGUGUAUGGUGAAUGUAUUUCUCUCUCUCUCUUAUUUAUAUAUAUCUGUCAGGUUGGUUUCCUGAAGACCCAGCACAAGUAUGAGAUUGUUUUCACCCUCCCGGAGGUUCCAUCACUGGGGAAGGACGUGUCUCCAGCUCCAGUACCCAACCCCCACGUCCGCAUCACCGAUAUCACUCCUGUACCAGAGGGUAUGUCAGAGUCUUGCUCAACUCAGCCCUAGUCCCUGUCCCAGUCCUAUCCUUUGACCUAACCCCAGUCCCAGCUACCUCGCCACAACCCAUGGUUCAGCCUUGCCAUAGCCGUCAGAUACAGCCUUUGCCCUAUACCCAGACCUAAUCCAAACCCUUUUGAAGUUCCACUGAUCUUUGCCCAGUCUCCAGUUGACCAGACCUUCAUGUCAGUCAUGUUUUACAGUAGCUGUGCAUCUCAAAUAUACAGGAAAGACUGAAAGUGUGUCGGUCCAUGACAGAACCCGAAUCAGGAAAUGUUGAAAUGUUGAACCAUUUUGCUAACAUCCCUGAGGGAGUUUCUGGAUUUCGUAAUGAGGGUUGUUCUUACCACUCAUUCUAACGCUUCAGUAGUUUGUUCUAGCGUUGAACUGAGUUAGUUGCUACGUUCCAUUAAACCAUCUGCUGGAAAACCAUGACCUUUUACUUUCAUCCCUGUGAUCUUUCUGUGACCUCUUGGACUGUGUGUGUGUGUGUGUUAUUUGUAAUGUUUGCCAGCUGUGUUUAUGUGUUUGACCCCAGAGAGUUUUUCCAUUCUGGUUGACAGACUUGAUGCAGUGGAAGAAGAGGGAAAUAUAUAAGGAGGAGAAUAAAGAGAAGUAAACAAUGAAAAUACAUGUAAAGUCAUACCAAGCACCUCUCUCCCCCCCCCCCCCCCCCCCCCCCCUCUCUCUUUCUGUAUACGUGUUCCCUAUCCCUCUGGCUUUUUGCCCUUCUUUUCCCUUCCUUCCUUCCUCUCCUCAGGUGGUCUGAGAGUGACAUGUGAGUACAUGGCCCACCAGGAGGGGGUGCUGUGUGAGGAGGUGAUGCUGGUCAGUGAGAGCCAGGAGGAUGUCUGCGUGGGGGUCAAGGUGCAUGCCCGCGUCAUGGGUAAGACCACAGUUAGAGGCCAGCUACAUCGUAACGUUGGACGAGCAUGAUACACCCCUAUUGAUUUUAAAUGAGACCUACUGUUUUCUGGGCGCGCUAGGGUAGCUGUAGUGUUACACCCAUGAUAACAAAAUCAGAGGGGGCAUUCCAGGUCGUCUUUAUUGCAGUCACACUGCUCAGAUGAUCUGGGUUGCAAUCAUUAGUCCAACGGAAAACGUUUCCCCCCGUUUCGUUCCGUUUGCUUCCGUUUUGUUCCUAGUGAAUACAUCCCAGAUCUCCCAACGCUUGGAGAAGUGUUGAUUGAUCAAUAUGAAACCAUUGCAACACUUAACUUCCUUUCCAGUUUGAAGCAAUGUACCGUACCUAAAAAUGAUAUAUUCUGAUGAAAACAGCUUGUGUUGUGGUGUCAUGCAAUAUGUGCUCUGUAGAGGUACAGGUAACUGCCAAAAUAAAGGACACCGCAGCAUAAAGUGUCUUAAUAGGGCGUUGGCCCACCAUGAGCCAGAACAGCUUCAAUGCACUUUGGCAUAGAUUCUACAAGUGUCUGGAACUAUUGGAGGGAUGCGACACCAUUCUUCAACAAGAAAUUCCCUAAUUUGGUGUUUUGUUGAUGGUGGUGGAAAACAGCGCUCCAGAAUCUCCCAUAAGUGUUCAAUUGGUGACUGAGACGGCCAUGGCAUAUGGUUUACAUCGUUUUCAUGCUCAUCAAACCAUUCAGUGACCACUAGUGCCCUGUGGAUGGGGGCAUUGUCAUCCUAUGGAGGCAUAGCCAUGAUAGCCAAAAUAAUGGCCUGCCCAGCAUUUUUAUACAUGACCCUAAGCAUGAUGGGAUGUUAAUUGCUUAAUUAACUCAGGAACCACACACCUGUGUGGAAGCACCUGCUUUCAAUAUACUUUGUAUCCCUCAUUUACGCAAGUGUUUCCAUUAUUUUGGCAGUUACCUGUAAUUCUCUCAUUAUUAAUACACAACAGUAUUGAAAACCAACUGCCUCUUCUAAUAGAGUUUCUAAAGAAGUAUCAGUUUAGUUCUACUGUAGCCAUCUUGUCAUUUUCUUCCCAAAGCAAAGCAAGGCAAUUAUGUAUUUUUAUGUAGCAUUGUUGAAUUGCGUAACAGUCUAGCACCUAGGAGACUGGUUGUGAGAGUAGAUGUAGUAGUGUGCUGCUUCCACCUGCUGGUAAGUGUGAACAGCACGGUUUAAAUUAAGCGCAUCACUGAAAACUGUGAUACUGUGAUAACCUGAGUAAAAUGAAAUAAGUCACGCAUAAGUGGAGAGCUUAUGAUUUGGUAUAAUACUUGCACUGUAUUGAACAUGACUGAUUGAUUAUAAUCACUGCAUCCCGUUCUUUCUUCCUGGCACUUGAGUUGGAGCCAUUUUCUGUCUGUAGCACACUGUGGCAGUACUGGGACUCAGACUGCUUUCAGUGUCUGGAAGCAUUGAAUAGAUUGUGUCAUGAUUAUUCACUUUGGAACCUAACACAAACCCUGUAAUUAAUUUCCUUUCAACAGAAAAGUAUUUUCUAUUUAUAAACUCAGCAAAAAAAGAAACGUCCCUUUUUCAGGACCCUGUCUUUCAAAGAUAAUUAGUAAAAAUCCAAAUAACUUCACAGAUCUUAAUUGUAAAGGGUUUAAACACUGUUUCCCAUGCUUGUUCAAUGAACCAUAAACAAUUAAUGAACAUGCACCUGUGGAACGGUCGUUAAGACACUAACAGCUUACAGACGGUAGGCAAUUAAGGUCACAGUUAUGAAAACUUAGGACACUAAAGAGGCCUUUCUACUGGCUCUGAAAAACACCAAAAGAAAGAUGCCCAGGGUCCCUGCUCAUCUGCGUGAACGUGCCUUUAGCAUGCUGCAAGGAGGCAUGAGGACUGCGGAUGUGAAUAAAUUGCAAUGUCCGUACUGUGAGACGCCUAAGACAGCGCUACAGGGAGACAGGACGGACAGCUGAUCGCCCUCGCAGUGGCAGACCACGUGUAACAACACCUGCAUAGGAUCAGUAUAUCCGAACAUCACACUUGCGGGACAGGUACAGGAUGGCAACAACAACUGCCCGAGUUACACCUGGAAUGCACAAUCCCUCCCAUCAGUGCUCAGACUGUCCGCAAUAGGCUGAGAGAGGCUGGACUGAGGGCUUGUAGGCCUGUUGUAAGGCAGGUCCUCACCAGACAACACCGGCAACAACGUCGCCUAUGGGCACAAACCCACCGUCGCUGGACCAGACAGGACUGGCAAAAAGUGCUCUUCACUGACGAGUCGCGGUUUUGUCUCACCAGGGGUGAUGGUCGGAUUCGCGUUUAUCGUCGAAGGAAUGAGCGUUACACCGAGGCCUGUACUCUGGAGCGGGAUCGAUUUGGAGGUGGAGGGUCCGUCAUGGUCUAGGGCGGUGUGUCACAGCAUCAUCGGACUGAGCUUGUUGUCAUUGCAGGCAAUCUCAACGCUGUGCGUUACAGGGAAGACAUCCUCCUCCCUCAUGUGGUACCCUUCCUGCAGGCUCAUCCUGACAUGACCCUCCAGCAUGACAAUGCCACCAGCCAUACUGCUCGUUCUGUGCGUGAUUUCCUGCAAGACAGGAAUGUCAGUGUUCUGCCAUGGCCAGCGAAGAGCCCGGAUCUCAAUUUCAUUGAGCACGUCUGGGACCUGUUGGAUCGGAGAAUGAGGGCUUGGGCCAUUCCCCCCAGAAAUGUCCGGGAACUUGCAGGUGCAUUAGUGGAAGAGUUGGGUAACAUCUCACAGCAAGAACUGGCAAAUAUGGUGCAGUCCAUGAGGAGGAGAUGCACUGCAGUACUUAAUGUGGCCACACCAGAUACUGACUGUUACUUUUGAUUUUAUUCAGGGACACAUUAUUCAAUUUCUAUUAGUCACAUGUCUGUGGAACUUGUUCAGUUUGUCUCAGUUGUUGAAUCUUAUGUUCAUACAAAUAUUUUCACAUGUUAAGUUUGCUGAAAAUAAAUGCAGUUGACAGUGAGAGGACGUUUCUUUUUUUUGCUGAGUUUAUAGUUAUCUAUCCAUUUUCAGUCAUUUAUGUAUUUUAAAUUAAAAUAGUGCAAAAAAAUGACUGAUAGACAGACAGUCUAUUUGUGUCAACUAGCUACCUAAUAAAUGGGUUGGUGGGUAGCGUUUUUAUUUACAGGCUGUGGAGCCCUGGUCAAAAGUAGUGCACUACAUCGGGCUUAGGGUGCCAUUUGGGACAAAACCACAGUGGUGAUCCGAACUUGAACAUCUAUAGUCAGGCAGAGCAGGGGAGGGGAUAUAGUUGAAUGAAAGGGUUCGUGGAGAGGCCAGGAAACAGAUCAACCCACAGCUUAAUCCUUAAGGCUUUACUGUAUCUCACUCACUCUCUACUUCACCACACUUUAAUAGAGAGCACUGGCACUGGUCGGAUGUUGUGGACUAAACCAUUUCUGAGAAAUAGCCUAAUGGUAUUUUUAUUUUUUUCUCUCCCUCUCUUUCAUUUUCUGUUGCUAUCUCUCGCUCUCUCUUUCUCUCUCCCUGUUUCCCAGACCGUCACCAUGGUACACCCAUGUUGUUGGAAGGAGUGCGUUGUGUGGGAGUGGAGCUGGAGUAUGACUCUGAA